AUCGCGUUUACGAGAAAUUAAACACGAGAGAGACAGAGCUCGGCUGUCAUAGGAUCCGCCGCUACAGACACAGGCUCGAACCCUUCAUUGCUGUCCAAACGCAGGACAGUUAACCUCACCGAAACCUCCAUCAGCAGCGUCAGGAGGGAAAUGUUUCUUCGCUUUUUCCCUGAUUACUUUUCCCUGGUGAGAUACGAACGGGAUUUCCAAGUUGACGAGACCGCGACAGCCAAGCGGGAUUUCCCGGUCUAAAAUAGCAUCUCGUCAAAGCUGCAGAGGGGUCGGCUGGUGGAGAUUGCUGCUCGUCAUUUGUUGUUACACUGCAAGCUGUGCCGCAGUCAACAUAAGUGACGAGCUGGAGAGAAAUAUAGACAGAUCACACGGAUUGCACCGUCAACCGACUAAAGUAUUCCGGGGGAACUUGCACCAAUCAGGCAAAGAUGGUCGUCAUCACGCGACGAAGAACCCUGACGACGACAAAACUGAUAACGAUAAAGCGUUAUGUCGAGACUACCUCUCGGGCCUCGCUGAAAAAGAAAAUGAGCCGCCGGCGCAUGUCCUCGAGAAAAGUCACCAUCAAAGAAUCGUCCCCGGCAACCCUCGACAGGUGCCCAGCGGUCCCCACCAAGACGGGUACCGGUGGCGCGGGGGUCUGCCCUGGCGGGGCGGUGAAGCGGCGCCCGAUCCGCCCCAUCGACAGGCAGAAGAUGCGGGACUGGCUGCAGGAGAAGUUGGAUGGCGGCGAGCUGAGCGAGCAACUGUCCUGGCUUGACAAGUCCAAAGGCUUGUUCGUCGUCGCCUGGUGUCACGCCGCGCGCCAUGGCUAUGACGUCAGCCAGCACGCGCCGCUGUUCAAAGCGUGGGCCACGCACACAGAGAAGUACAAGGAGGGGGACGAGGAAAACCACAAGACGUGGAAGGCCAACUUCCGGUGCGCGCUGCACAGUGUGCCAGACAUCAAGGAAGUGACUAAAGAUGGAGAGCGGAAGGGGAAGUCGGCCAAGCGCGUGUACCAGUUCCUAGACAAGCCCAUCGUAGCUAAAAAGCCUCGAAAGGGUCGAAGGUGUAAAAAGUCCUUGGCAACAAGUGAGGAAGCCGAGCUGGAGCUUGAGCUGGAGCUGGCAGAGGAGUCGGACAGCGGGGUAUCCAUUGGCGACAACACGGAGUCUCGAGACACCCCAUUAGCACUGGAAAACGUGCCGGACUUUCGGCAGCUGGGCAUCAGCACAGGUCAGGGGGAACAACCACAACAAUAACCUCCAGCAGGCUGACUAGUGGAGGCAGCGUUCUGGUCUGCAACGAUAGAGAUAGCGACGAUUGCCCUCCAGCCCUUCCACCCGUGAUGAUAAGUGAGCUGGGGAUCCACAUUCCCGUCCCCCAGUGCGCCUCCGACCAUGGGGAGGUCCAGCAGACGGCAGGGGUCGUUCGGACACGCUCCUUGUCGGGAGAUUCUGGCAACUUGUCGUUCAGCGAGCUGAUGAGGGAACUCUGGAUCCUGAAGAUAUCAUUGGCACAGAUGAGGAAAUUCUGAUGAUAUUUGGUGAGGACAAUGACGACGGUAGUAACGUAUGGGCCGGCGAACUGACCCUGAUACAAGCAGAUGAGUGUGUGAUCACAGAAAAUGUGAACGAUACCACCACAGAUGAAACUUACACAAGUCUGUUGAACGCGGUUCUAUGUUGACGAAUUCACAACAUCCUGCAUCACGUGACGCUGUGGCAAAAAAAAGUUCUCAAUGGGCUGUGGACGAGACGCGGUUACAGAGAGUUCUCAGUGAGCAUUGUCAAGAAAUAUCCAUGGAAAUCUAGUGACAAGGACAGUUAUGAGACCUAGUGACGUGGACCCCCGCGGAAACCCAGUGACAGGAAUACCCCCGUGUAAACCUGUCAACAAGAAACUCGCAUGACAGUGCAUGACAGAAACAGCUGCAGUUGUAUUUCUCAUGAUGCUUUCUGGAGCGUCCAGCAGGUCUGUUGCACGCUAGAGAACGAAGAGAUGGAACUGUGAAGACAUUGCACUUAUGACAAAAGUGUUGGAAUAAUGGAAGAAAAAUCCUCUAGAGUUCUAGAAACCGUCCGGCCUGUUCUGUGGUGCGAGUAACGAACAGUAACCCUUCAGGAACGUUUAUGCAGCAGUUAUCGUUCCUGUGAAAAUGUGCUACCUUACGACUGAGGGAAAGUUUGUAUUGAUGACAAUAUUGACUAGACAAUUUUUUUUUUACCCUUACAUGCACACAUGGAUGCAUGCCUGCAUAUGAAUGAUGAAGCCCGGUUGGUUCGGUGCAAGUAGACAAUUUCACAGCCUUGCUUGCACAACAUUGUCAUUCCAUAAAAGGACGAGUUGACCUCUGUGUUGUUGAUGGACACUUAAGUUUCGUAUUUUCUUCAUGCACUCUCGCUCAGAGAGUUGUUGCCGUAAAUGAAAGACAAGGACAAACAAACAUUUUGUCCGCAGCAGUAGUUAGCAAGUUUCAGAGGUUUUUAAAGUGGUGAAGCAGAAACAUCAGUUCUGCAUAAACUAUGUGGCUCUGCUCACGACUGUUCCAGUGACUAUUCGCUUUCUUCUUGGGCUGUCUGGAAAAAUGUGGGAAAAUGGUCUUCACUCGUUUGGAAAACAAAUGUUUUAAAGUCGAGUAUGCUUCAUUUCAGACUUUCGAACGCUAGCCAGUCUUCUCCGUAAGCUUCACACCAGGCCGAUUCAUGAAAGUGCAGAGAAGCUGAUGGAUUUUGUUUUUAAACAAAGAAACAGGAGGCCUUUGCACAUGAUGGCCACUAAGAGCUUAGUCGAAGCUGCCUGACUAUUAGAAUAAUUUUGCUUUCAGCUAACAUCUAUAAAAGCAGAGACCAACGCCAUUAUGCUUAGCCCCCUAAGAUCAUCGUGAACCCAAUUGGUUAAGAAUUAAAAUUAACUUCAUUUACUGCCUCAUCUUACCAUUGCAGCACACAUUGUGGAAUUUGUAAACAUUACACAUAUGCUGUUCAACAUGUAUUAUUAUAUGUUAUACCACUCCACAUAGCACUGCUUGAUGUAGAAAUCAACUAGUUGAGUUAGUGGAUGAUUCGUUGAAGCGUUUAAAACACUUAAAAGUCCAUUUGACUUGAUUAGGAUGAGCAGAAGACAUAUCUAUUAAUAAAUGAUUGUCUUCACAUUUAAGCAAACCAUUGGUCUAUAGCCAUAAAGCAGUCAUGUAGUUACACAGAAAAGACACUUACUCCACUGUGCCUAUGGAUCAUAUUGCUAGUUAAUCAGGACUGUGAUAAAAAUGAUAUCGCUACAUAUUUUUAUGCGUGCAAUAAUCUGAAAACACUUAAAACACAGGAAUCCAAGGUUUACUGAAGCCGUGAGGCUGAGCAAACUGCUUAAGACACAAAAAGAAGCAAAUGUUUAGAGAUGCAUACACAUAACUUCAUGCUAGAAACAUUUUUUUUCAAAGAAGUACACAAGACACAUUUUGAUGAACAGAUUUCUUAUUUCAAAGUGUUAUCUUAUUAUCUACAGCUACUUUUGUGACAUGGAAUUAUUUGAUGAAUGAAAAGAUACAGUUUUAUUGUUAUUUAGAUGGUUUAUAUGAAUCAGUGAUGCUCCUCUCAAGCAGCCAUUUACUUUAUUUUUAAAAAAAAACCAGUCACUUAUAAUCCAAAUCAGGCGAUUACACAAUGGUCAAAUGUAGAAAUAUAUACUCAUCAUAUAUUCUUGUGAUUUGCAAUCUGGUCUUUUUCUCUUUCAUACCGUGCAUUAUCAUGUAGGUGUACAUAUUUUGAAAAUAAAAAAAUUAAGAAUA